AUGGCCAACAUAGGGAAGGUUCUCGCAACCAUUAAGGCUAUCAUCACUCGGCUCGUGUUUGCGUGUCACGGGAUCAUUGCGAUCUGGCAAGUUACGGUAUUCAAAGACAGCUUGGAGUAUUGGUAUUUAGCUUCGCCGAUUUUACUUUUAAUUUUCGAAGGUGUCUUCACAUUGACGAUAAAGGAAAACCAGGAGUGGAAAUGGUUUUGCCCAUCAGUGUUUAUAUAUCUCGGUUUGGUUGUGCCGGCGAUAUGGUUGAUAGAAUUACACAAGGUCGAUCUCCGUUUACAGAAGAAGACAAAUAUCACUUAUAUAGAGACAGAGAUUCCAAUUCCUGGAGCGACCAAGAUCCCAACAGAUAUGUGGGUGACCCUGAUUGAACAGUUCCUGAUGCUGACCCUCAUCGUGGGGAGAUGGCUGUUACCCAAGGGUGAUCUGACCAGGGACCAGCUAAGUCAAUUACUUCUGGUAUACAUUGGUACAGCGGCCGAUAUAAUCGAGUUCUUCGAUUCUUUCAAAGAUGAAAAAGUUGCCACGGAGAAGGUCCUCGUGUUGUUGACAUUAGCGAUCUGGUCGUGGUCCCUCGUGCAGUUCACAGUCGUCCUGACAGCGACGAAGUCGCGGAAGACACGCGGGACAGGAAAACAUCAUCGUGAGGAAACCUGCAUCACCGCGUGCUGUUGCUCCAUCGAAGUGUGUGCUAUAAUCAUGAAUAUAGCGUUGCAGGACGCGCCAUUUUUAGCUUUUCGACUCCUAAUCAUCGCUCACUAUAAGAUUAUCAAUUACAUGAAUAUUUUCUUCACUUGCAAGAAUACAUUGGUAAUAUUACUCCAGAUAUAUCGCCUCUAUGUAUUACACUUAGAGAGAGUCGAUGAAGUGAACAGCGGUUCCGUAUAUAGAAAGAAACACAAACAUAAAUCUAACGAUAGGACAGAAAGAGACAAAAAACAUAGAAAUAAAAAAGCGAAGAAGAACAAAAGGCGGCACGAAACUGGUGAAACUUCGAUAUCGGUGAUAAGCGAUCCCAGGAGACAGGAUCGAGUUGAAACCGGUCGGAUCCGAGCCAUCAUUCUUACGAAUACAGAUGAAAUCAAAGAAUUAGAAUUGUCGAAAUUCUUUAAGGAACAAGUUGCCGUUGAAAAUGAAAAGAAAAAACCAAAAAGAAAACAGAAAUCGGAGACCUCAGAGGAAUCUUUAAACAACAUUCAUCACACAACCGACGACUCCGGCAUUUGACAUCAUCGGGUCCGCCGCGAGAGUCCGAAGCGGAGCCCUAAGCAUCGAGACAAGAAUCGGCAAAGGGAUAAAAAGAAAAAAAAACGAGACACAAGUGACAGUUCGGACACUUCAAGUUGAACGCAUUCAUAAAACAAUCGUGGGUUUUAAUUAAUUAUUGGCGAACCAUACUGGUUACUUUUGACGUAUUCGAUAUUUGAAUUUGUCAAAGGUUAACAACUUAUUUGUCAAGGCGAAACGUCGCAGUCAUUGAAUUUAGUGUUGCUAUUAAAAAAAUGGAUGACGACGUUUGCAAUUGACAAUUGUUUUUUAAAAUAUCAUAUAUAUAAUGUGCUUUCGAUGUUAAUGAAAUAAUGUAUUUUUACUGUAAGAAUAUGAUAAAAAAAAACUAAUUCCUGAUAUAUUUGGAUUUAUAAUUGAAUGGUAAAGAAUGUCAGAUGAAGAAUUUCAAAAUGGCCUCUUUAGAAUUUUGACGUUUUUGUAUUUUUAUUAAUUUCCAGUCUUCUAUACCUUUUAAAACAUAUUAUUUACUGUAAGGGUAACUAAUAAAACCUUCACACUUAGCCUUCAUUAAUUGCCAUUCAUUAAGAUGCCAUAGAUUACUAAUUUUCUCGGUCUUUAUAACGUUGAUUAGCUACUGGGGAUCAAUUCUACUAACAAAUUGUCACUUUAUCGCAAUCGAAUCGUAACGUAACUAUUGCAACAAAAGUUAACAAUGAAGUUUUGACAUUACGAUAAUUUUUACCAUCAUUUCCGGUUCCGAUCCGAAUACAUGUAGAAAAGUUAAAAAGUUGGAGAGUAAUUGAGUCAAUUCGAAUAGAUAUUUAUUCGUAUUUCGCUCUUUCCGUCAAUAUUGAUUUGACAUUUGAAAGAAGAAGACAGCAUUGUUCAGCUAAUCAGCCGCUAUACAACGUUUAUAAUUAAAGCCGUAAUUAAAAAGCAUAUUAUUCAUAAUAGUGACUCUACUCGUACAUACAUUAUAUAUGACGAGCCGGUUGGCUUGUUUGGUAGAUAUUUGCCUUUCACACCGAAGGUCGUGGGUUCGAUUCCCACCAAGGACAGACAUUUGUGUGCAUGAACAUGUCUGCUUGUCCUGAGUCUGGGUGUAAUUAUCUACAUAAAUAUGUUUUUACAAAAGAAAAGUAGUAUAUGUAGUAUAUCAGUUGUCUGGUUUCCAUAGUACGAGCUCUGCUUAGCUUGGGAUCAGAUGGCCGUGUGUGAAUAAUGUCCCAGGAUAUUA